AUGUGGGAUUAUUUGUUAGUACUAUGGGACAAUUAUAUUGAAAAGGGAGAUGUAGGGGUCAGGGAUAGGAAUAUUAAAGACUGGGGGACAACUUUCUGGGAAAAUGUGAAGCACGUAUGGCAAGAAUUUAAGGAAUACGUGGAGAAGGAACAGCACGGUGGGCGUGCGCAAACUAUGUGUGAAGUAGGACGGGAUGGGGAACAGGGGGGGCUGCGGACUAGCGCAGACAUGGGUAUAUGCGAAUUAACAUACAUAGCAUUACAUUUUAAACAUGGAAUUCAAUUAGACGGAACCCGUAUGAGCCAAGAGGGCAUGGACGAACAGAAGAAGAAAAUACACAACUAUAUGAGGUGUAUGCUAGUAAAUAUAUUCAUGAAGAAAAUAAUGGGCAUGAAUUGCUUGGGACGGCCUGGUGGUCAGUUCGCAUUUAAUUUAGCGAAUGCCGAAGUAAAGACCGUGUACGGCAGGGAGGUGGGUAAUAUUGCGUGUGAAGAGGAGGAUGCACGGGAAGGGGGUGUUAAAGGCGUAAAAGCAGCAGAUAGGGAUUUCUGGGAAAUAAUGAACAGGUGGAUUGACAGGAAUAAGUUAAAGCUGAAGGAUGGGCAGGUGGGAGUAUUAGGGAAUGAUUGCAAAGUACAAGGACGUGGAAGAGCAUCGGACCGGGAGGCCUUAAAAGAACACAUAAAGAAAGAAAUUGGGGACAUGGGGAAGGAUAUAAAAGACAAGGUGCACCAAAUAUUGCCGGAGGUAAAUGAAUGCACAGAUAAGGCAUGUGUACGGCGCGUACUAGGCACAAAGAAACAGGAGGACGACGCCCGCUCAAAAGCUCCAAAAGUAACAGGAGAUGCACAAGUACGGGGGACACACGGGACACAGGCAACACCAUCAUCAUCCGGAUCAUCCUCAUCAACAUCAAAAUCACCGGGCAGGUCACAAAACGAUCAUGCAGCGAAAACAGGACAAGGGGAACAAGGAAGACCAACACCACCCGCCGCGGCCAAGCCGAACAAACCUGCCACCGCUGCCAAACCAGUAGCGGGGAAACCGGUGGCGAAGAAGCCGCCCGAGGUACAGGAUUGUCAAGGAGACAGAUUAUUGGAGUGGAAGCAUAAGACAGUGUACGUGGUGAAAGGUUAUAGUGAUAAGGAAUGGGAACCGGUGAAGAAGGUGUUGGAUGAGUUUAAGACAUAUAUGGAGCACGGACAACAGCAUAUGGAUGCAUACGGUGCAAACUGUUAUAAUGUGGGUUGGGAUGAUUUAAAGGAAGAUGGGAAUUAUUACAAGGGCCAAACAGUAGCAGAUGUCGUAAGGUGCAGAUUCAUGAGUGUUGCACUCGGAUGGGCAAAUGGCUGGGGCAACAGUAACACGGAUAAGGAUAACACGAACGACGAUACAAAAGAUAAGGAAAUGUACGAACAGCUCAGGUGUGAAGUAGUGAAUGUAUUUGGACACCUACUGAGAAAAAGAUAUUGUCCGGAACAGGACAAGUGGAGAAGAGGUACAGAAUAUGCCGGUAUAGCAUUCAAGCAGAUGAAGAGUCCCGGGCAACAUGGACACGGAGGACUGGGGGGCCCUGUUAUGGACGGAAGGUGCACAAUGUGUGGGUAUGGACAUAAUAAACAGCACGUAGACGCAGUAAAUUUGGACAUAGUAAACUGGUUAAUGCAGGAAGGAAAAAUAUUGGACGGAAUGGAUAAAAUAGAAGGGGGGGCAAACUGUACUAAGAAGUGGGAGGAGUAUACAAAAGGGAAGACGAAGGCGAAUGAGCCGACACGGGUGGACGAAACGAAAAUCCCUGAAAUAAAAGACACCGAGACGACACUACAGGAGGAAGCAAAAAAGAUAAUUGAGCAGGUAAAGGCAGCAGUAGAAGAGGAGAUUCAGAAAAAGCAAAACGAAGGUACGAAUAUGAAUAGUGCCGCGGCAAAGCCGGCGGCCACGAAACCACAAGCACCGGCAUCUCCAGUAUUACCAGCAAGACCACCACCACCAGCAUCGAUCACUCCCCAGGCAGCAUCACCACGGCCAACAGCAGACGGAUCAGAGAACGCAGGUGAAACCACUGGACCUGAGACUAAGGAAACAGAGCCACAUUCAACAGUACCUAAAGCGGAUGUUCAGGACGCGAAGGCAACAUCAAAGUCGCCGCCAGAGGAACCAGCACAAACAGGGGCACCAGUUAACCCACCUGAGUCUACGGACAACACAGUGACACCUCCGGAUUCUACGGGAAACGGACAACAUGGUGCAUCCGGUGAGAAGGGUCCACCGGGAGUAGCAAGUCCCGGUGUUCAGGAUACCGUCGUCGAUAAAGGAAACGAUGACCCCCCUCCUCUCAAUCCAGCCAAACCCAAACCGAACCCGAACCCAGAUCAAUCGGGUGCAAGCGGUAGCGGCCCCGAUGGCACCCGCGGGGGAAGUCUAGCAGAUGGUGUUUCUGGUGGGGAAGGAAAGGGAGGUGCUGCAGUUGGUGGUGGUGGCGAAACAGGAGGUUCCACUGGUCACCAAACCCCUGGUUCGUCUGGAUCUGUAUCCCAGGAUCCGCGGGAUCAUGAGAACAGUAAAUGCACAAAGGGAUGCGGACAGGAGAGUAAACCGGAAUGUGACCUCAAAUUGUCACUCGGACUUCCAGAUGGCGGACAAGGUGUAGCAGGGGGAUUUGUACCACCAACCUUACCAGAAAAUAAAUCCAGUUCAUCCAACUCAGAUCAAGGUCCCGGAGACGUAAGUGUACACGACAAUGCGGGCAUGCUGCAUGUGCAGGAUGUUUAUACCUCAGAACAUCCCAACCGGCUCCAAUAUAUGAUCGUUCUAAUCCAUAUAUUCUCCUGCACCCGCAUUCAUUCCUUUUAUCCUACCGUCCUCACCCUCCUCUUUACCCCCUUUUUCUGUGCUUAG